GUGACUGUUGCUGUUUGGCAGCUAUGACAACGAACUUCAAAAGUUGGAUGAAUGGCAUCGCCGAAGAAACAGAUUUCCUCCUCUAAAGUGAUUCAAAAGUCUUUAAAAUGUACCGUGUACUUGGACGUUCAGACAGUCACAUGCCCAGGAGUGCUCCUGUCUAGAAAGAACGAUAUCUACCUCAGUGUGUGUGUCAUGGGCCAGUACAGGAAGACUCCCUGUGUGCCACCUGUGUUCCCUUUACUCUUCCACCACAAAAUGGUAUUUGUCAAGACUUUCCCUGGCGUUGUUGACCCUGCUGAUGUUGCUGACCUCCUCGAAGCUGACACAACAUCUUUUGAGCUGAUUCAGUUGGUGCCUCCAGAGGGGGAGAUCCUUGCCACGAUGGUGGAAAGCAGCAGAGAUUUCCUGUACCCUAGUCCCAGACUGAGCACCAGAGAAGGAGCUGCAGAGAGAGAGAUACUAUUGAAGAGAUCCUCCACCUUUCCUGGAAUCUCCCCCAAAGUGGAGUUUGGCACAACAUCCGUCAUAGAAGAGAGUGAUGUGAGAGACAGCUGGCCUGCCUCACCUUCUCUGCACCCCCAGACUUGCUGUCUUUCUCCAGUGAGGCCAUCCAGACAGAGUUCAGCAAAAAAAACAAAUGUUGAGGCAAGAAUUGCAAACUCUGCAUCGACAUCUAGACAGUUCCCUUCUUCAUCACCAUGUGGUCAGAGUCCCCAGAAGAACAAGAAGAAGAGAAAGCAUGCUUCUCCCAGAGUUUCUGUCGACUCUGGCUAUCAGCAGCCCACAGUUUCCUCAAGGACACGAGCCUUGUCCCCUUACACUCACCGCAAGAUGUGCCAGCUUUCAGAGGACGCCCGGCAGAGGCUCAGCCAUCUCCAGCUGGGGCCUCACCACUUCAGGAAGGAGACUGAGAGCCAGCCGCCCUUCGUGGUCUCAGUUUGCAGCAAUGUGUCUGGGAUGGGAACUCCUUCCUCCUCUUCGCAGAGUGGUAGCAUGCAUCGACACUCUGUCAGCUUCAAAGCUGAUCACACAGAUUCUUCUCUCCUGGGGAGUUACAGACCAAGAACAGCCAGAGUGAAGUCAGGUUCUGCGAGGGUCCAGUCCUCUCCAGAGACACGGUCCACACUUGAAGCCCAGACUAGAAGCCCUGUGAGAGGUUCUGCAUUGGCUCAGUCCACCCUGACCAUGUCAAACUUAGAGGAAAGUCCUCUAAUCCUCAACCAUUCCCUCAGAGAAAGGCUCCAGACCAGUCAGCCCAGUCCAUCCUACUGGGAGCAAAUCCACAGCCGAGUCCAGAGGAUUCUGCAGACACACAAAACCACCUGGGACCAAGUGACCUUUGACCAUUAACUUCAUGAUCUGCCCACAAGGUGACCAAACCCCUGAGGUUAUAAUACAAAGACUCUUCACUGUUAAACCAGUCGCUCUAAUAAUGCAUCGUUUCAAUUCACAGUUAAAGCAGAUGUUGACUUUAACCUGCCGUAUGUGUGUAGGAGUGGAUGCACCUUCUUAACCUCGGGAUUUUAUCGUUCAGUGAGUCGAACCAUCUCACACAUGUAUCUUCAUUUAUCUUCUUUUGAUGUUCAUUUAAAUUUCAAACCAUCCCGAGCACUUGCUGAGCGGUGUUUGUCGUCGUUACUCUUUGAAAAGGCAGGAAAUUUGCAGGGGUUAUGAUCAGAAGCAUAGCAGCACCGCUUCCCUCCCACCCAUCAGCUGGGCUGUUUUUUUUGUUUUUUUUAAACGCCCCAAUGGUGAAACCAAACAGAGACGUCGUCUAAAUUCUCUAAAGCCGUGUGUGAAAUUGGCUCGGGUAUAAAGAAGCAACAUUUUGUGUGUGUAUGGGAAGGAGACACGGUGGAUGUAAGCUGCAGCUGUUAAGGGCUCAUCUCUCACAACACAAAAGAGAGACAAGAAGGUAGCCAAGAGCCACCGUUGGGAGCCAGCAGUUACAAGAGAUUUAAGAGAGAGGAGGAACAAAAGUAAUCCUGAAUGAAAGAGCAGGAGACACAAAGAAAUGUAGCCUUAACAUAAAUUAAGACGGGCAUUCAGAUCCAGAGCGUUACACUGAAAUGUCUUGAAGUGUAUUCAGUGUUUGUAUGUGCUCAUCAGAGGUUAUGCGCUCUGUGUAAUGAACACUUCAUCUGUGGGUCUUCAUUCAGCCUUCAUCAGUGCUAAUAAAAUGCAGCUGUGUCAUGCACUCGUCACAGCUCCAUUUACAGAUGAAUUUAUUUGACUCUGACAGAUCGAAAUUGUAUUUUAUUUAAGAGGAGGGAAUAGACUGAUCGCAUAGUUUGUGGUUUUCUUCGAUGCAGCAGGAACACUAACUAAAUGUGCAGCCAGGAUCUAAUUGAUGGUAAAACUUAAAUCCUCUCUUUGACUCAUAUUGACAGUGUGUUCAUUACUCAGAAUCAGAGGGAAAAUGUCAAAUUGGGAUGCUCACUUUAAGUUACAGUGGUUGGUUCCUCACAGACAUUUAAAAUCUAACAGACAGGUGUUUGUACAUGAACUUCUCACAGUCUGUCAAUGUGUUUUUCAGUGUAUCUUGAAUAUGCCUGUGGAUUGAAUUCCCCACGUACCUUUCUUCACAGCAGCUCCUUGUGCUGCUUUCUCUGCCAGGAUGUGCUGGUACUUCUUCUUGUUGUUGCUGGUAAGAGAAAAGGGGAGUAUGUUUUAUAUGUCCGCACUUUUUUCAAAGUCGAUGCACAUAGAGCCUGCAAAAGUGCAAGACUAUAACUCAUCAUACAAGGUUUACACUGUCCUCUCUCUGAAAUGAACCACACCUGAUGACACAGAACCAGAGCAUGUUUCAUGCUCGUUUUUUAGUCAUACAGCACAACAUGAUGCAGGGUGCUGCUGUGGUAUUCUGUAAAAUGAUGAAUAAUUUCAGCUGUACUGCCAUAGCAAAAGUUUAUCAUGUUUCAUUCUGUAUAUUGAUAGCUGUUAUGUAAGUACUAUAGAUAGGGUGACAGCAGACACUGGUGUCCAGUUUAGAUUUAUCUGUACACUGUCAAUAUUUGGUCAAACUCAGUCUGUUUCAUAAUUUAAUCACUAGUUUCACAGGAUCUAAUGGCGCAGUGAAUUCAGUAAUGAAUAAUCAAGGAAUCCACUAGAUAGAGAUCAGUGAUAUCAAUGUGAUUGUGUUUUACUGCUGAAGCCAAUUGCCAAAGUGUUCAUGUGGACCAGAUGCAUGAUGCUCUUUCCUCCACUCCAGCUAGCAAUGAAAAUGUUAAAUCCAUCCCCGUCAGUAUAAAAACAGCUAGUAAGCCAUCUGUGGGAGUGGAUUUUCUUUAGUGGACACCGGGCACAAUAAAGCCACAUCCACGUUCGUCUUUGUUCUCAUUUCAACUUACUGCCUGAACUCAGCAUCAGCCAGCAGCUCCUCCACCAUGGUUCUCUUCCGGUCCUUCUUGGGAAUGCGGGAAUGAUAGAAGUCAGCUGGGUUGUCCACCACUGUACCAACCUGUAUAACAGACACACAUAGGAAGCUACAGUCAAACACAGUACACAGUGUGAUGUUGAUAAGUCAUGACCGUGUUUCUUGAGAAAACGUUAACACUGCUUUGUUACUGUAGAGUUUGAGGAGCAGGUGACUCGUAUUUUUUACUGACCUGAAAAUAUUUGGGAAAGCCAUCUCUGUCGUUCUUCUUGUAGAACCUCUUGGGAUCCAUCGAGCCUCUCAUCUUCAGGACUUGGAGGUCUCCUUUCAGCUCCUGAGAGAUCUCGGGGGCUUUCAUAUUAAACCACCCAUCCCCUGUGGAUUUCUGCCUCUCCACCUGGGAAACAACAGUGAUGUCAAUUAUUAAAAAGCAUUGUAGAGGCCUUUGAAGCAAAGAAUUUGAAUAAAAA